CCACCGCCUAAUCCAUCAGUUUAUCAUUAUCAUUCCUGCAACCAACACCGGAUCAACUAGCAGAGGCACUGCGAGCUCGCCAGGCUUCCAGAGCGUACAGGGUGGCCGAUCGAUCGAUCCACCGGCAAGCAAUGGCGGCGACAGGGAGCGCUAAGGGCCUCCGGUUCGCUGCAGCGUGCGGCGUUCUCAGCCGUUGCAUCAAGGCGGCGGAGGCGCGGCCGGCGGCCACGGUGGUCCUCCCCCUCAUGCCCGGAGCGGAAGUUCCCGCGCUGCAAGACGACCACGAGGCGGGUCCUGCGCCGGCGAGCGCGCAGAUGACCAUCUUCUACAGCGGGCAGGUGCUGGUGCUCGACGAGGUCCCGGCCGACAGGGCGGCCGAGCUGCUCCGUGCCGCUGCUGUCUCAGGCACACCGCGAGGGAGCUGCGCGGCGGCGGAUGGCGACCUGCCCAUGGCGAGGAAGGCGUCGCUGCAGCGGUUCAUGGAGAAGCGCAAGGGAAGACUCGUCGCGCGCGCCCUUCCCUGCAGCCGGCCCGACGGCGACGUGCCCCCCUGUAACCGUCUCACGCUUACGCUCUUCUGAUUCGUGUUCAAGCUUAGAGGCUCACCAAGUGUUUAUGCUUAGCUGUUUUAUUGGGGCUCGCCAGUAAAACUUUAUACUGCAAAUACAUAGUAUGACCGUUGACUCUACUGUUCA